UUACCCAUGACUCUCCUGAAACGUAUGACCUGUCUCUGGCCUUGGCGUGUAGCGCGGUGCUGCUAGUUGUGUGCCGGGUGUACUGAAUAACGUGAACUAGCUAGUAUUCCUGACCGAGAAGUCGGCUAGUAAACUGGGAACCGUUACAGCGGAGCUGAGCCAUAAUGCUGAAAUGUAGAACUGUAUGGAAAAAGCUUGCACCACUUGCUAGAGCUUCCUCAACUGUGUGCCGACAGAAUGUGAGAAGAACAGGGUUAAACAAUAGCAGAAUACCAGCAUGUGUACCUGUGGCUCACAUGUCCACCGGGCCUGCAGGGGGAGGCAGGGAAAACCAGCUGUACGUCCUUCUGGUUGGAGCAGCCUGCGUUGGUGGUGCAAUAUAUACAUACCGAACUGUCAAGGGAGACAACCAAAGAUAUCAGGACCGUAUUGAUGAAAUUUCAUCCAGACCAUAUAAAAGAGCCACAGAAGAACCAGCCACCCCCAUCCAGUCAGAGCCUCCUGCUGUGGAUGCCACUGAAACAGAGGUCAUCCCAGAGCCAGAACCUGAAGCAGCACCGUCACCAGAACCUCAAGCAGCACCGUCACCAGAAGAGCCGAGCCCCCUGGCCCCUGAUGCUGCAGUAGCGGCUCCCAUUGAAACAACUGAACCCCCUCCAGCAGAUGAGCCAGUGGUAGAAGCAUCCCCAGAACCACCUGCUGCACCUGUAGUUGAGGAGGAACCAUCACCCCCCUCUGAGCCGUCCCCAGCUGAGCUUACAGAGCCACCCCCUGCACCUGUUGUGGAGAGUGAACCUGCAGCAGCAGAAAGCCCAGCAGAGCCAACCGAGCCUCAACCUGAAGUUGUGGCAGAGAGUGCAGAUGAGCCAGUGGUAGUAGCAUCCCCAGAAGAGUCAGCAGAACCACCUGCUGCACCUGUAGUUGAGGAGGAACCAUCACCCCCCUCUGAGCCGUCCCCAGCUGAGCUUACAGAGCCGCCCCCUGCACCUGUUGUGGAGAGUGAACCUGCAGCAGCAGAAAGCCCAGCAGAGCCAACCGAGCCUCAACCUGAAGUUGUGGCAGAGAGUGGUGGCCCCGCACCUGCCUCUCUCAAGGUCCCCUCGCACACCCCCUACCUCCUUAUUGGUGGAGGUACCGCCUCUUUCGCUGCUGCCCGGUCUAUUCGAGCCAGAGACCCUGGUGCCAAGGUACUGAUUGUGACUGAUGAGCCAGACCCUCCAUACAUGAGACCACCUCUCUCUAAGGAACUGUGGUUCUCUAAUGACCCCAGUGUGACGGAAACACUGCGUUUCAAACAGUGGAAUGGAAAGGAAAGGAGUAUCUACUUCCAGCCACCUUCAUUCUACAUUAAUGCAGAAGAAUUGGAUGGUGCAGAAAAUGGUGGAGUGGCAGUUCUCACUGGCAAAAAGGUGGUUCACAUGGAUGUGAGAGGAAACAAAAUAAAACUGGACGAUGAUACCGAGAUUUCAUAUGACAAGUGUUUGAUUGCUACAGGUGGUGUGCCAAGAAAUCUACAGGUCAUUGAAAGAGCUGGAGAGGAGGUGAUGAAGAAGACAACGUUGUUCCGCAAGAUAGAGGACUUCAAAUCAUUGGAUAAGGUCUCCAGAAACAUCAAGUCCAUCACAAUCAUUGGAGGCGGCUUCUUGGGCAGCGAGCUGGCCUGUGCCCUCGGCAGGAGAUCAACUGAGUAUGACCUGGAGGUGGUACAGAUGUUCCCUGAGAAGGGCAACAUGGGAAAAGUGUUGCCUGAGUAUCUGAGCAACUGGACAACAGAAAAAGUCAAGAGUGAGGGUGUGAAAGUCAUAUCAGAAGCUUUGGUGAAAUCUGUGGUCUGCAAAGAUGAUAAGUUAGAAAUCAAACUGAAGGACGGCCGAUUGGUGAAAACUGACCACAUUGUUGCAGCUGUUGGCCUGGAGCCCAAUGUUGACCUUGCUAAGUCAGCCGGUCUGGAGGUGGACUCUGACUUUGGUGGCUUUCGGGUCAAUGCAGAGCUGCAAGCUAGAUCCAAUAUUUGGGUGGCAGGAGAUGCUGCCUGUUUCUAUGACAUCAGACUGGGCCGCAGACGAGUGGAGCACCACGAUCAUGCCGUUGUGAGUGGAAGACUAGCAGGAGAGAAUAUGACCGGAGCCAACAAACCCUACUGGCAUCAGUCUAUGUUCUGGAGUGACCUGGGUCCUGAUGUAGGCUACGAGGCGAUUGGGAUUGUUGACAGCAGCCUACCAACAGUAGGAGUGUUUGCCAAAGCCACUGCCAAAGAUACACCUAAAGCUGCUACCGAGAAGUCAGGAACUGGGAUCCGCUCAGAAAGUGAAACGGAGGACACAGCUAUAAGCCCAGUGGCCUCUUUAACGCCUGCUCCCAAUGUGGGGCAGCACAAAGACGAGUAUGGAAAAGGAGUCAUCUUCUACCUGAGAGACAAAGUGGUGGUGGGCAUUAUCCUGUGGAACGUGUUUAACAGGAUGCCAAUCGCAAGGAAGAUUAUCAAGGAUGGAGAGGAACACGCAGAUCUGAACGAAGUGGCCAAACUGUUCAACAUCCAUGAUGAUUAAAGAUGGUGGAGGCCGGCACUCAUUGUGGGAGAGGAGUUAAGCUUCAUGUGAAGACUGAACUUUGGCAGCCAUUGCCACACUCUUGAACAUACAAAACAGUAGGAUUCAUGUAAAUGAUCUCAUGUCGCUGAAAUAUUUUUCAUGUUUGGAAUUUGUAUCUGCUGCACCAGUUUUGUUUGUUUUGUUUUCUUUUUCUAUCCAGGACAAAUCAUCUUCUCAUUUUCCACCAAACCUAUUGCUCAUGUUUUUGAAAAUCAUGUUCAAGAUGUGAUUGUGCUUUCCCCCCACCAGGCUAAAAAUGCUGAGCAUGGAUUAUUGUUUUCCUCUGUGUGAUCAGAGCAGCUUGUCGUGAGAGCUGUAAUAAAAGCUAUUUUUCAAUUGGA